AGCAGCCCGAGUCGAGCUGCCAAAAUCUCCCUGCACAAAAACACGCACAGCUUUACGGGUGUUGCCGCUUUUGGUGCUAAGCUAUAGUUAAAAAAAAAAAAAAUUAUAAUCAGGAUGGAAGUAAACACAUGCAAUAUUCAAGUUCUUCUGCAAGCUGCUGAAUACCUGGAAAGAAGAGAACGAGAAGCUGAGCAUGGCUACGCUUCAGCCCUUCCAUUUUACAGUAAAACAACAGAAAAAAGAAGCAAAUCGAAAACUAAAAAGAGUUCAGCGGGGAACAGCAGGUCCGUUCACAAUGAACUGGAAAAGCAUAGACGAGCUCAGUUGCGGCACUGUUUGGAACAGCUGAAACAGCAGGUCCCACUGUCCUCGGACUCUACAAGGAACACCACUCUGAACUUGCUUAGACGGGCACAGAUGCACAUAAAGAAGUUGCAGGAGCAGGACGAGCGGGCCGAGCUGCUGAAGGACCGACUGCGCUGGGAGCAGCAGGAGCUGCGUAUGCGUUUGCAGCAGCUGCAGGGCGGCGCGGAGAGGAUGCGCAACAACAGCCUGGGCUCGGCCGUGUCCUCUGACAGAUCCGACUCGGACAGAGAGGACGUGGAGAUUGAUGUCGAGAGUAUGGUGUGGACUUUGGGCUCUGACGGUCUGGGCAUAUCGCACACCGACGCUGAUCAUAGUUACUCCACUUCUGAUCGUGCCUGGUUAUGACGACCAUAAAACUAUUAUGAAUUGCUGAAACAUUCCAAAAACUGUAUCACAAGGUCGAAGAAAUAACAAAAAAAAAAAAAAAGGCCUCAAACCAAAAAUAUGACUGCUUGCCACAGAAAGACACUGCUGCCAUUUUAUAACCAUCAGACUCAGGCUGUUUGCAAGCAUGACUAGAUUUUUGGUAAUAUAGUAUGAUGUUUCUACAAUGUGGUGCUCUAGAUACACAAUGAUUUAAUGGAGGUAUGACAAUUUGGUCAUUUAUUUUGUUCUUAAUGUCCUUGUCAUUCUUCUUUUAAGCUAAUUGGCUCUGUGUCAGGGUCAUCCUGCAGUAUAUACUUGCUUGCACUUAGACCUUUCAUUUAUUUAACAAAUGUCACUCUCUAAUUUUGAUAUGUUGCACAAAGCAGUUUCAUCAGCACUUAAUUUCACCAGUCAUACUUGGGGCAUUUGUUCUUGGAUUACUUCCCCCCCCCCCCCCCCUUUUGAAAAAUCAACAGCACUCAUGGAUAUGUAUUCUGUGCAGCAAGUGAUAAAACUGUCUUUUUACUAGUUUCAUGUUUGCCCAGUUAAAUUCAAACUCUAAUGAUCUAGCACUUAACAUGGAUAAUUUCACAGAUGGCUGGAUAUACAGUUAUUAACAGAUGACUUCAUCCAAUAAUGGCAUCGUUACAAAUUAAAUUUAGUAUUGAUCAGCAGGCAUGAUCUGAUUUGCCUUAUGGGCAAUUUGCAUCAUUUAGCACUGACAUGUUUAAGUCAAGUAUUUCUUACUGAUUUGUACGUGUUUAAGGAAUGGACAAGCUACUUGUUUCCUGCACUAGUAGUACUUAGGUAAGCUAAUUCUAGGUGCCAUUCGGGAUCGAUUUUUACCUAAAAUGAUUCCAGAAACACGGUGUAUUUUAGAUGAAAAUGUAGAUUAAUAGUAAGGAUUUCCCCCUUUUUAAAAUGUAGUUGCUAGGCUUCACCUGGAAGGUGUCUCUUUCUACUUAGGACCCCUUUUUUUAAAAAAAAAUAUAUAAAUGUGCAACAAGACAUGUUGAAAUAUCAGCAAUGCUGCUGAACCAGGCAUUUAUGCAAUUAAUGUUCAGUUAUUCAGUGUAAAUAUACACAGCUAAAUAGUACACUGUAUGUCUUUGUGAACACCAAAAGCCUUAUGAAAUUUUUUUUUUUUUUGUAUGCCUUUGGAACGCCAUCACUUUUGUAUUUAUCUGCCCUGUGUGUAUUCGUAUGUAGCAUUUUCUUA